UAAUAACAUGGAUGACAUCCACAACGUUCCUAACUAUAUAAUCAAGACAUAUGGGGACGCAGGCAGAAAAAGGUGUAUUAUUAAUCACGAGUUUGCAGUCCCAAAUUCCUACAAAUCCGUCACGGCCUUGUCUUUUGCCAUCGAUGGAGAAUUCGUCGCUGUGGGCUAUGAAUGUGGAGACAUCCAGUUGAUUCACGCGGACUCAGGAGUGGUGGUUUGGGCUGUAAAAGGAGACAGUUUAGCCAUAGAGUUUAUUCAAUUCUCGCCACAUAUUACUGCAAUAUUUACUUGCAAUGAGAUAGGAAAGGCUUAUUUACGCAGGUUAGAUAACUUGGCAACGUUCAGGUUCGGAGACUUACAGGCGAAAAUUAGUUGUUUCGAUUUGGACAAGACUGGUUCCACCAUUAUUUUUGGAGAAAAAAGUGGUGCCAUUCGCAUAAUGGAUUUAAAUAACGCAAAGCAAAGGCAGCUCUACAAAUGUAAAUCACUUAACUCCAAUUACCACAAAAUGCCAGUAUCUACAGUCAAAUCUGUUCCUCGUUCACCCACAAUAUUUUUGUCAGCUGCUCAAGAUUCCCAAGUGAAGAUAUGGGAUAUACGUACCAAGGAGGCGAUUGUUGGCACCAUCCGUGGGCCAUACAUAAUAAAAAAUGGUCUUGACAUUCAUAAUUACCAUGUACUAACAGGCUCAUACAGAUUAAAUGACAGCAUACAAUUAUGGGAUAUGCGCAGAAUACAGCCUGAAAAAACUUUGAAUCCCUUGAACAAACCAGAUUUCAGAUAUGGCCAGUACAUAAAGUGUUGCCAAUACCUUAAAAGAUUCAAAUCUCCCCUGAUUGUUUACGGUGAUAAUGUUUUAAACAAAUUGAACAUUUUGGACAUUUUUUCCAAUAAAGUCUUGGAAAGCUUCGAAACCUACAAGCCCAUAAAAAUUAAAGCUGUCGCCACAUAUAAAACACAAGUUGCUUUCGGUGGUUCCAAGGAGUUAGUCAUUGGAGGAUAUUAUUUCAGAAUUUAGUAGAUAAACUGCGCAACUAAAAUAAUUAUCUUUGAUUAUACUCUAUAUAGAAUUAGUUAGGUUAAUUAAAUAUAGUUACUAAAAUUGUUAGUGGGAGAAAAACUUUCCGAAUAGACAUAUUUGAAAUGUAAAUGCUGGUAUUAACUCAUAAAAAUGAAAUCAUUUGAAAAAAUCUUGCAAAAAAUCAUUCCAAAAAACUUUUUCUCAUUCCAUGAAAAUGUAUUAACUUUUCAGGGCCUGCUGAGUCCUAAACAUCCUUGCCUUCGGAUAUUGUAUUUGAUUUGGAGCAUCCCUCACAACAUUUUCACGACAGUGUAUUUAAUAUCUGUUGAAAUUAUAAUGGCAUAUCAACAUUACGAAACAAAUAGGACGAAAGCUAUGGUAACAAUUGCAGUAAUUUUUCUGCAUAUGGUUUGCAGUAAAAGGAUAUUCAUUUGGCAUUUUUUCCUGAAGAAAAAGUAUAACAGGAUUAUUAAUAUAUUGAAAAGAGAUGUUGACUUUUUGAUAUUUAAUGUGAAUGAUGUUGACUUAACGUUGGAUAAACCUCCCGUAGGGUUCUCAUACGAGUGUAUUAAAGAAUAUUGGCAACGAAAGACGAGAUUCUAUAGAAAAUUGGACAAAUAUAAUAGAAGGAACGAAAUCGAGGACUUCAAAAUUAGAAAUGAUUUACAUGUAAAAUUUCAAUGCUUAUGUAUUCAACUUACAUUUUUCAUGGCUGUUUUUCUGGUUAUAUUUAAUGCUUACUUAAUUAAACAGCCACGUUAUUACAAAUUCAACCCAAAACUGAACGUAACUUCAUUGUACAGUGGUUACCCUUUUGAAACUUAUUUUCCUUUCGAUACGUCCAUAACCGAUGGAUAUUAUCUCAUGGGACAAUUAUAUCAAAUUUACAUGUACAUUGGAUGCGUUGAAACUUUCUUAAUUUUAGACACGAGUGCUUGGAUGUACAUGUGGAUGCUCAAGGGUCAACUUACAACAGUCAGGUUUGCCUUACGGAAAUUAGAUUGUGAUAUAAAAGUCAAAGGCAAAAAAGCUUCGUUGCUGAUCGUGGAAAUGCGCAUGAUCAAAUGCAUCGAAGAAGUUAAAUUUAUCAUAAAGGGUGUACAAAUUCUGGAGCAGCUGUACAACGUCCAGUUAGCAAUACAAUACGGAAUGUGUGUGUUGAUCAUAUGUUUUACCAUGUAUGCCGUCCAAUUAAUUACAUCAGUCGGUGAGCUUUCGUACCUGUUUUCCAUCCUGGUAUUAAUAUUGUUUGAGCCGCUCUUCAUAAGCUGGAUUAGUCAGUCGCUAACAGAGGAGAUCUAUGACUUUCAGUGUAUUUAAUAUUGGUGACAUAGAUUUCUUUAACAAUUUGCCUACGAGAAGCCCAAAGUCAAUGGAUUACGUGGAGCUUCAAAAUACAUGGCAAGGUUUGGGGCAACACAUAGAGAAGGACUGCAAAUACAAAACAAGAAAUGAAAUAGACGAAUUCGAGGCAAAACAGGAGCUGUCCACGAGAUUUUUCUCAUUCUAUGUACAAAUACUAUAUUACACGGGUGUGAUUACGUUCUUUUAUGGUGCUUUCAGUCAAAAACCAGAAAUUUCAUACAAAUACAAUCCUAUAUUAAAUAAAACAUUAGCCUACGAAAAACUGCCUUUUGAAACCUAUUUUCCUUUCGACACCUCGUUAUCUGAUGGUUAUCCGCGUUUGGGAAAAGCUCUCCAACUUUACACGUUUCUUUCUUGUGCAGGAUCAUUUUUAUUAAUUGAUAAUUAUGGAUACAAUUUAAUAAAUCAUCUAAAAUGCAAAGUUAAGGUCAUCAAGUUUGCAUUAACAAAGAUAGAUCACAAUAUUGAAGUUACUGAUAUAAAAUCUUCAAGAUUAAUUAAAGAAAUUCGACUUGUUAAAUGUAUA